ACAAAACAAAACAAAAGCCACAGGCGCGGCGCAGCGCAGCGAGUGGACGAAAGGCAAAGAGAGGGAGAGCGAGCGAGCGACACCGGCAGCCCAAACGUCCCCACCCCACCCUGCCUUUGGGGUGCUGCCACCAAUGGCGAAUAAUUCGCUCUCCCACCACCUCCUCCUCCCGCUCGCCGCCGCCGGCGGCGACGACGACGACCCCGCAUCCUCCUCCUCCUCCUCCUCCUCCUCCGCCGUCACCUUCCCCUCCUUCUGGCCGCCCUUCCCAUCCCUCCUGUCCGACUCCGACUCCGACGCGCCCUUCCCUCCCCGCCGCAUCGACCGCUGCGUCGCCGCCCGGCAGGACACCGCCGCGGCGUUCCUCGGCCUCGACUUCCACGACGAGGACUACGGCGCCGAUUGGGAUGCGCCGGACGAGGCCGGCCUGCCGCUCUGCUGGGACUGCCUGCAGCUCGAGGAGCACGACGCCCACCAGCGCUGGGACCUCGCGCUGAGCGACUCCGACGAGUGGGAGCAGGUCGCCGUCCGGGGGCACGAGGAGGCCGCCGAGCCCCCCGCGCCGCGGAGCAUCGAGUGGGAGGUCCUCCUCGCCGCCAACAGCCUGGGGGGCCUCAUGAUCGACGAGGACGUCGACGGCACCGGCGGCGGCGGCAUCGAGACGUACUUCCUCGACGGCGGCGCGGACGACGACGACGACGGGAUGCUGUUCGGGCAGCUGGCCGCGGAGGCGGAGCACGAGCCCCCGGCCAAGGGCGGGCGCGCGGCGGCGAAGGCCGCCGUGGAGGGCCUCCCGACGGUGGUGGUCGCGGAGGCCGACGCGGUCCGGGGCGGCGCGCAGUGCGCGGUGUGCAAGGACGGCAUCGAGGCCGGCGAGGGCGCCCGGAGGCUGCCGUGCGCGCACCUCUACCACGACGCCUGCAUCCUGCCGUGGCUCGCCAUCCGCAACACGUGCCCGCUGUGCCGCCACGAGCUGCCCACCGACGACCCCGACUACGAGAAGUGGAAGGCCAGGCGGGCCGCCGGCGACAGGCACGGCAUCGCCGCCCGUCAGGCCGAGGUCAUCCUGCUGAAUGAUGACUAGGCGAAACAUCAAGAGAUCAGUAAAUUUGCUUCACGGGUGCCACUGCAUUUGCGAUAGUUCAGAGUGUUGCCGAAAUUCUUUUUGAUCAUGAAGGGGAGCGGGAUGAAAUCGAUGUGAAUUGGCGGGUUUUUUUUUCCAUACAGAAUGAUACGAAUAAGGUGCAUUUUCGAUUCGAAUAAUGGUGUGUAUAGAUGCAAACAUGCAAUCGGAUGAGAUUGUGAUUGUUCUUUUCCAAUGGAAAGCAGGGAGUAGAGGAGGAAUAAGAAUCACUGACGCGUCCUCCACUCUGUCCCUCAACGAUAUCUGUAUCCAAAAUUGAGUUCAUACGGUACCAUUGGAGUAGUGUAAUUCAACAUCAAGAUUUGGCUCGGCAAUAUAUACAGAUUCAAACUC